AUGGGUACACCAACAACCACCCCCCCACUACAAGAAAACCCGCUCCUUCUCUCCAACCCGCUCGUCUCGCCCCUUGAACAAGAGGUGUUGGACGAGUACACGCGCCUGCUUAGCAACGUCAACAAGUUAUCUGAUAAACUGUCCUCUCUGGCGGGCAGUCCCUCAACACUCACCCUCGACGGACUCCGAUUACUCGAACGCAAGACCGCGACGGUAUGCACGCUCCUCAAGGCGAGCGUGUACAGUAUUGUCCUUCAACAGCAGAUUUGGAACGAGAGUGAACAGGGUCAAACGGGGGAGAAUAACCAUGAGAAUGGGAAUGAGAAUGAGAAUCUCGAGGAGUCGGGGUAUACUCUGUAG